CCAACCACCACCUAACACUGAGCUUUGCACCCACCCACUACCCAUUUUCUCUCUCCAUAGAUAGAAAUAGAUAUAGAAAGAGAAAGAGAGAGACACAACAUUAGAUUCUUUCUCUGGGUUGUUCCUCUGCCAGCCGCCUUUUUGAUCUUCUGAUGAACACAUCACUCCCUUCAGACAAUUAGAAGGAAGGUCAAUUGAAGUUUGGGUUUCUGCAGAGAAAAUGGGAUCAAAUUGCAGCUUUGGUUAUGUGUGAUUUGGAAGUUGAUCAAGUUUCUGGUGAAAUCAAAUUGUUUGAGCUUUUGAAAUAGUGCAGAAAUGGAGGCUAAAGUUGCCCAAAGUUUGCCAUUCUCAAGUUGGGUUGAUUUGGAGAAGAUCACUAGGAAACCAAGUAGCUCCUUGCAGUUUUUUCAGGGUCAUGGCGAACGAAAGAAGCUUCAGAUUCUUAUAUCUUGUGAUUUGCAGCCUAGAAGAAGUGCAAAAUGGCAUAGACCAGUAGCAUUUGACGUUUCAUGUUCUUGUCAGAAGUUUCCAGCUCGCAUAUUGGAGUCUGGAAAUUUUCCUGCUUCUUUUGAUGAAGUUAUGAUCUUAAAGAAUAAGUCAGAAGAGACUGAACCAUAUUUAAAUGGACGGUGUUUAUAUCUUGUUGGAAUGAUGGGCUCAGGAAAAACAACCGUUGGCAGGAUUUUGUCAGAAGCACUUGGUUAUUCAUUUUUUGACAGUGACACUUUGAUUGAGCAGACAGUUGGGGCAAAUUCUGUAGCUGAAAUUUUCAAUGCAUAUGGUGAGAGCUGCUUCAGAGAUAACGAGACUGAGGUAUUGAGGAAGCUAUCUCUCAUGCACCGGCUUGUUGUUUCAACUGGUGGGGGUGCAGUUAUGCGGCCCAUCAAUUGGAAAUACAUGAACAAGGGGAUUAGUGUCUGGUUAGAUGUACCAUUGGAAGCUUUGGCACGGAGAAUUGCAGCUGUAGGAACCAAGACUCGACCCUUGUUGCAUAACGAAUCUGGCGAUGCUUAUACAAAGACUUUCAAGCGUCUAUCUACUCUUCUGGAAGAGAGGGGUGAUGCAUAUGCCAAUGCUAAUGCUAGGGUUUCCCUGGAAAGUAUUGCAGCUAAACUGGGUUACAGAGAUGUAUGUAAUCUCACACCGGCAGCUAUUGCAAUUGAGGUGCUUAUACAAAUAGAGAGCUUCCUGAAGAACUAGGGACAUGGUGAUUCUAGGGAUACAUGGAAAGUGUGAUGGUGUAUGAUUUUAUUAUAUAUUAGUUGUCAAGGCAGGUGCUAUGUUUCUAGUUUUAGCAGGGAGACAUAGCAUUCCUUAUGUAACAACAUGCUGAAGUUUUCUACUAUAAUGUUGAAGAUGUUACAACAUGCCGUGUAGAUUAAUGAUAUGAAAAUAUUACAUGUUUGGAUGAUGAAAAUAAAUUAAUAAUAUGUAUGUUUCCCCUCU